AUGCGACCCGCGAACCGCUACGCCGAAUGGCUCCACCGCCUGCGCACCCUCUUCCCGGACACCGAGACCCAAACCUAUACCAUCACCGCCACCCCGCGCGAAACCAACAACCCGGGCGAACUGACCCUGAACUACACCCAGCUGACCGUCUCCACGCCCGCCCACGGCAUCUUCCUGGUCGUGAUCACCCCGCAUCCCCACGAGGAGAGCCAGCCCUACCCCACCGCCGCGCCCGCGUGCGCCACCUUCCUCCCGGAUAACUGCCGGGAGGCGGAGCUGGCGCGCCGCAAGCGCGUGCUCUGGGAGAGCUGGCCGGUGGUCGUGCGGGAUGGGAUCGAUGUAGUCGGGUUGGUGACGGUGGGCGCUGCGUGGGAGGGGGCGCCUGAGGUGGCGUUCGGGUACAGGGUGGAUUAUGCUGGGUCCCUGGUGUCGGGAGAGGAGGGGGAGGAGGAGGGCAUCGGGCUGGUGGAGUGUAUCCGGGGCCCGGUGGAUGAUGAUGGGUUCGUGGAGAGGUUUCUGGUGGGGUUGAGAGGUGCGCUGCCGUUUGCCCCAGGGAGUGAGGCUGUGAGGGGGAGUGAUGAGGUUGUUGAGAUUGAGUGA